AUGGUGACACAAGAAUUUCAGGCUGUUGUCUUGGCUGCCGGUCGUGGUACUCGUUUGCCCGAAGUGUUGGGUAAAACACCAAAAUGUCUAUUACCAAUUGGUCCAUAUCCAUUGUUGUGGUAUCCUUUAAAUCUUUUGCAGACCCACAAUUUUCAAGAGGCCAUUGUUAUUGUCCUGGAAAGUGAACGCAGUGAAAUUCAGCUGGCAUUGGAGCGCACAUCACUGAAAAUGAAAUUGGAUUUUGUUAGCAUACCAAGUGAUAGUGAUUUUGGAACGGCCGAUAGUUUGCGUUAUGUUCACGAUAAAAUACAAUCGGAUUUCCUUGUCCUCAGUUGUGACAUUGUUUCCAAUGUUAGUCUGUUUCCAUUGAUUAACAAAUUCCGUCAACAUGAUGCUUCAUUUACGGCAUUGCUAUUUAAAAGUGGUUUUGAAUCGGAUGUAACACUGCCCGGGCCAAAGACUAAACAUAAGCCAGAAAGAGAUUUAAUCGGAAUACAUCCGGAGACUAGGCGAUUGUUGUUUUUGGCAUCCGCCAGUGAUUUUGAAGAAGUUAUGAAUGUAAAUGCUCAUCUGCUGCGUAAAAAUGGUAAAAUGACCAUCUAUUCACGAAUGACCGAUUCUCAUAUUUAUGUUAUGAAAAAAUGGGUGCUGGAAUUUUUGAAAAAGAACGAAAAUUUCUCCACAUUAAAGGGUGAAUUUUUGCCAUAUUUAAUUAAGAAGCAAAUGGCAAAAUCAAGUGGACAUUCAACUACAAAUCCUGUAUCCGAUACACAAUCUGAAUUGGGUAAACAAGGCGAUAAUAUAUUUGAUGUAAGUAUUGCAGAGGAAUAUUCAAUUUUUAAUAUUUAUUUCAAUAAUACAAUUUUUUUGCAGUUCAUCCCAACCUCAAAUUUAGAACAACACAUAUUCAAAGUAACUCUCUAUAAUGACAAUAGAACAAAGCCACUAUAUAAUGGUGAUCUAUUGAGAUGUUAUGCCCUGGAGGCACCUAAGGAGACAAUUGGUGUGCGUGUCAACACCACCUUGUCGUUCUUUGCCAUCAAUCAAAAGCUUCCCACAAUUUGGCCGUUACUCUGUGGUGGUUUGGAACUUCCUUUAGUAUCACCUAAUGCAGUUGUCAAUUCAACACAAACCAAGGAAAUUGCUGUGGCCGAUAAUGCCAAGCUAUCGGAGAAGACAUCAUUGAAUUUCAGUGUCUUUGGACCAAAUUGCUUUAUUAACCCCAAAAAUAUUGUUAAUAAGUCACUAAUUAUGGCCCAUGCUAUUGUGGAAGAGGGUUGCAAUAUUGAUAAUUGUAUUAUUGGUCCCAAAGCUGUUGUUAAAAAGGGUACAAAACUUAAAAAUUGUUUAGUUGGUGCCAAUUUCAUUGUCGAAGAAGGUUCACAAUUGGAGGCGAAACAUUUAACGCAUGCCGAUGGUUAUAUGGAAAUUGAUAUACAGUAA